UCCAGGAAGAAACUGACUCGGGUUAGCCAGAGGCAGAUGCAGAACAGGAGCGGCUGAGGAAGUUCGUCUCAGAGAGAGUAAGAGAGCAGAGGAAACUACUGUAGAGAGAGACAUGGCAGACACAGAAAACGAGUCAAAAUCCAAACCAGACCAGAAACUCUGCUGCACUGUGUGUUCCAGUGCUCUCAAUAAGGAUAAGCUCACUACCUGUGGCCACUCAGUCUGUGCCUCCUGCUUGGGGAAGAAAGGUAAAGGCUGUCCUGAGUGUCUACAGAGCUCUGGCAAGCCUGAAACUGCACCUGUGGAACAGAAUGGAACGUUGAAUGGAAUGGUGACUGAGUCUCCACCGGUGAUCAAAACCAAAGAAAAAUAUGAAAAGGACAUAGAAGCCCAGGAUUCAAAGACCGCAGAGGAAACAAUGAUAAAGGAAGACCUGAAGGAAGCAGAGGACCCUAAAAAAACAGAGGAAGAGAAAAGGAAAGAGAAAGAGAGUGACCCUCCACAGCCUGCAGAGGAAGUGAAUGAGGAUGGGGUGAACAAGAAAUCAAAAGAGAAAACAAAAGAAGAGAACGCAAAGGAAGAAGAGGUCAAGGAAGAGGUGAAAGUAGAGUCGUUGGGACUCGAUGUUGUGUGUGACUCAUGUAUGGAGACGAGCCCGUGCAUGGCCCUAAAGUCGUGCCACACCUGUCUUGUGUCCUACUGCGAGGUCCACCUCAGGCCCCACUUGGAGAACCCCAAGUUCCAGAACCACCGUCUGGUGGAGCCGCUGAGGGACAUCGAGAGACGGACCUGUGAGAUUCACAAAUGGUCCCUGGAGCUGUUCUGCUGUUCUGAUGCUGUGUGUGUCUGUCAGGACUGUGUGACAGAAGACCAUAGGGGACAUAACACUGUUCCUGUGUUAGAGGCACGCAGAACCAUAGAGAGGGAAUUACGAGAUAAACAAACAGAGAUGGUGAAGACAGUGGCGGCAGCAGAGAAUGCCAUCAACCAACUCCAACUCAACACGGUUUCCUUUGAGAAUUCAGUGACGGAGGUCCGUGAGGUGAUUGACAGCCAGUUUAUGAAGCUGCAGGCUGCGGUGGAGCGGGCCAAGAGAGAGGUGACAGAGAUCCUGGAGGGAGAGGACAAGCAAGCUCUCAGACAGACCGAGGGGAUCAAGGUACACCUGGAGCAGAAGUGCACUGAGCUGAAGAAGACACAAGAGCAGUUGAAAAAGCUCUCGAAGAACAAGAACAACGUGGACUUCCUACAAGAGUACUCUAAGUGGAAGAAGGACAGCCCUGACAUUACCCUACCUGGGUUCUACAUCGGCCUUAUGGACCGGCUCAACUACUUCAGCAGAGUAAUUGUUACCUCCACACAGGAGCUGUGUGAGAAGCUGCUGUCCAAUUACAUAGAGACACUCAAAGAGACCUGCAAAAAUGACAGGAUGGGGAUAAAAACCACAGUCCAUGAAACAAUCGCAGCCAAACAGAACAUGACUGUGCCAGACCCAAAGACGCGGGAUGACUUCCUAAAGUAUGCCGCGCCUGUGAGUUUUGACGCAGACACGGCUCAUAAGUUCCUGCGUCUGACUGAGGAAAACAGGAAGGUGACCAACACCACACCCUGGCAACACCCGUACCCCGAUGCCCCGGAGCGCUUUGAGAACUGGCGCCAGGUACUGGCCACAGAGAGCUUCUAUGUUGGUCGACACUACUUCGAGGUGGACGUGAGCGGUGAGGGCACGUACGUCGGACUCACCUACAAGAGCAUCGAUCGCAAGGGCCCAAAGAACAACAGCUGCAUUACCGGCAAUGACUUCUCAUGGUGUCUACAAUGGAACGGCCGCAGCUUCUCUGCCUGGCACAGUGAUGUGGAAACGCCUCUGAAAGUGGAGAAGUUCACACGUAUUGGGGUCUAUGUGGAAUUCAGCUGUGGCCUACUGGCCUUCUAUGGGGUGGAUAAUGCUGUCGGCAUGACCCUCAUUCACAAAUACAAGGCUGACUUUCUGGAGCCUCUCUACCCAGCCUUCUGGCUGUCGAAGAAGGAGAACGUGAUAGAGCUUGUUGGACCUGGGGAGUCGCUCACACUGAAAAGCCCCACUCCUCCUAACUCACCACCAAACACUGAUGUUGCACCCCCCAGACGUUUCACAGUAUCUUCUGUUGUUGAUCAAUAAUUCAUUUGUCAGUGGUAAAUUUCCCCUGUCAACCCUAAAAAGCUUCAGAAUGCAAGAAGAAAUGGAAAAGGAAGUGCAACAGCCGGCCCCAUACUUGUGCAUAUACUUAUGUAAAUAUUUCUGUUUUUAUUUUUAAUACAUUUGCAAAGAUUUCCAAAACCUGUUUUCCACUUUGUCAUUAUGGGCUAUUGUGUGUAGAUUGAUGAGGGGAAUUUUUUAUUUAAUCCAUUUCAGAAUAAGGCUGUAACGUUACACAAUGUGGAAAAAGUUAAGGGGUCUGAAUACUUUCCGACUGCACUGUAUAUCCCAAUAAGGUGACACUAGAUUUUUAAUUUAUUUUCUAAAUACCAUUUGCCUUUGUCAAUGGUGUAUUGGAGUCAAAGUCAGGUGCAGGAGAGCAGAGUAUAAUGAACAGGCACACCUUUAUUAAAGUUCCAAAAACGAGAGCACUACAUAAAUAGUACAUAACAUGCUCAAAAAACGGAACAUAAAGUAAAGCGCGUAAACUAACACCACAUAACAUGAAACAAUUACGCACAAAACAUGAUGGGACACAGAGGGUUAAAUACAAGUAGAUUGAUUGGGGAAAUGAAAACCAGGUGUGUAUGGAAACAAGACAAGACAAAUGGAUAUAUGAAAAAUGGAACAGUGAUGGCUAGAAAGCCGGUGAUGUCGAUCGCCGAACACCGCCAGAACAAGAAGAGGAGCCGACUUCGGCGGAAGUCGUGACAGCCUUGAUGACAGCUUUGCACACUCUUGGCAUUCUCUCAACCAGCUUCAUGAGGUAGUCACCUGGAAUGCAUGUAAAUUAAUAGGUGUGCCUUUUUAUAAAUUCAUUUGUGGAAUUGCUUUCCUUCUUAAUACGUUUGAGCCAGUCAGUUGUGUUGUGACAAGGUAGAGGUGGUAAACAGAAGAUAGCCCUAUUUGGUAAAAGACCAAGUCCAUAUUAUGGCAAGAACAGCUGAAAUAAGCAAAGAGAAACAACAGUCCAUCAAUACUUUAAGACAUGAAGGUCAGUCAAUAUAGAACAUUUCAAGAACUUUGAGUGUUUCUUCAAGUGCAAUCGCAAAAACCAUCAAGUACUAUGAUGAAACUGGCUCUCAUGAGGACCGCCACAGGAAAGGAAGACCCAGAGUUACCUCUGCUGCAGAGGAGGAGUUCAUUAAAUUUACCAGCCUCAGAAAUUGUAGCCCAAAUAAACGCUUCACAGAGUUAAAGUAACAGACACAUCUCAACAUCAACUGUUCAGAGGAGACUGUGUGAAUCAGGCAUUCAUGGUCAAAUUCCUGCAAAGAAACAACUACUUAAGGUCACCAAUAAGAAGAAGAGAAUUGCUUGGGCCAAAAAACAUGAGCAAUGGACUUUAAACUCGUGAAAAUCUGUCUUUUGGUUUGAGGAGUACACAUUUUUUAUUUUUAGUUCCAACCGCUGUGUCUUUGUGAGAUGCAGAGUAGGUGAACGGAUGAUCUCAGCAUGUGUGGUUCCCACCAUGAAGCAUGGCGGAGGAGGUGUGAUGGUUUGUGGGUAAUUUGCUUGUGACACUGUCAGUAAUUCAUUUAGAAUUCAAGGCACACUAACAACAAAGUGCUCAGCAUAUGUGGGAACUCCUUGAAGACUGUUGUAAAAGCAUUCCAGGUGAAGCUGGCUGAGAGAAUGCCAAGAGCAUGCAAAGUUGUCAAAGGCAAGGGGUGGCUACAUUGAAGAAUAUAAAAUAUGAAAUAUAUUUUUAUUUGUUUAAAACUUCUUUGGUUACUAAAUGAUUCUAUAUGUGUUAUUUAGUUUUGAUGUCCUCACUAUUAUUAUACAAUGUAGAAAAUACAAAAUCAUCACAUUCCCAGUGGGUCAGAAGUGCAUUCCAUUAGUAUUUGGUAGCAUUGCCUUUAAAUUGUUUAACUUGGGUCAAACGUUUCAGGAUAGCCUUCCACGAACUUCCCACAAUAUGUUGGAUGAAUUCUGGCCCAUUACUCCUGACAGAGCUGGUGUAACUGAGUCAGGUAUGUAGACCCCCUUGCUCGCACACGUUUUUUCAGUUCUGCCCACAAAUGUUCUAUAGGCUUGAGGUCAGGACUUUGUGAUGGCUACUCCACGCUUUAACUUCCUGACUGAUGUCUUGAGAUAUUGCUUCAAUAUAUCUCCAUAAUUUCCUCUCUCAUGAUUCAAUCUAUUUUGUGAAGUGAACCAGUCCCUCCUGCAGCAAAGCACCCACACAACAUGAUGCUGCCACCCCCGUGCUUCACAAUUGGGAUGGCGUUCUUCGGCUUGCAAGCCUCCCCCUUUUUCCUCCAAACAUAAUGAUGAUCAUUAUGGCCAAACAGUUCUAUUUUUGUUUCACCAGACCAGAGGACAUUUCUCCAAAAACUAUGAUCUUUGUCCCCAUGUGCAGUUGCAAACUGUAGUCUGGCUUUUUUAUGUCUGUUUUGGAGCAGUGGCUUCUUCCUUGCUGAGCGGCCUUUUAGGUUAUGUCGAUAUAGGACUCGUUUUUACUGUGGAUAUAGAUACUUUUGUAUCUGUUUCCUCCAGCAUCUUCACAAGGUCCUUUGCUGUUGUUCUAGGAUUGAUUUGCACUUUUUGCGCCAAAGUACGUUCAUCUCUAGGAGACAGAAUGCGUCUCCUUCCUGAGUGGUAUGAGGGCAAAAGCAAAAGGUGGCGCUACAAAGUAUUAACUUAAGGGGGCUGAAUAAUUUUGCACGCCCAAUUUUUCAGUUUUUGAUUUGUUAAAAAAGUUUGAAAUAUCCAAUAAAUGUCGUUCCACUUCAUGAUUGUGUCCCACUUGUUGUUGAUUCUUCACAAAAAAAUACAGUUUUAUAUCUUUAUGUUUGAAGCCUGAAAUGUGGCAAAAGGUCGCAAAGUUCAAGGGGGCCGAAUACUUUUGCAAGGCACUGUAUAUACACAGUGUGGUCUGAAAUUAUUGACACCCUUGAUAAAGAUGAGCAAUAAUUACUCUAUAAAAUAAUUUAUUCAAAUACUGAGCUAUAUUGUACGCUACAUUUUUGGGGGAAUUGUAUAAUUUUCUACUAAUUCUAUCACGCAAUGACUACAUCAAGCUUGUGACUACAAGCUUGUUGGAUGCAUUUGCAGUUCAUUUGGAUUGUGUUUCAGAUUAUUUUGUGGCCAUUAUUUUGUCACUUUUCUUAUAAAUAAGAAUUAAAUAUGUGGAUGCUACCAUGAUUAUGGAUAUUCCUGAAUUAAUCGUGAAUAAUGAUGAGUGAGAAAGUUACAGAGGUCCAAAGAUCGUACCACCAAGACAUGCUAACCUCUCACCACUAACAAUAACAGAGGUUAUGUCUUGAGGGUAUGGUUUUUGGGGGGAGCAUACAGUAUAGUUCAGUAUUUGAAUUGUUUAUUUUAUAGUCAUUCUUGCUCAUCUUUAUCAAGGGUGUCAAUUUUGGACCUCACUUUAUAUAUAUAUUGUUUUGUCUUAUUCUUGCUGUGUUAUUAUGCAUGGGUAAUUUUGGUAUAAUGGCAAUGUUUAGGUUACUUCUAAUGUGAUGGGUGACUUUAUUUCAGUUUUUUUGUUUAAAUAUAAUGCUAAGGAGUUGUGAUACCAUUGACUCUGUUUAAAUGGUGGACUUUUUCGGUAAACUUUGGGACUGCUUUUGCUGUUCACUAUGUACUGUGACUUUGCAAUGUACUGUGUUUGACAGAUACCACUGUAUACAAAUAAAAGGUGUCUUCAAAUCAAAUCAAAUGUUAUUGGUCACAUACACAUGUUUACAGUGCCUUGCAAAAUAAUCUAAUAAUUCUAAUAAUUCAUUCCCCUUGGUGUUUUUCCUAUUUUGUUGCAUUACAUCCUGUAAUUUAAAUUCAUUUUUAUUUGGGUUUUAUAUAAUGAACAUACACAAAAUAGUCAAAAUUGGUGAAGUAAAAUUAAAAAAUAUUAUUAAAAAGAAAAAAUGGAAAAGUGCUGCGUGCAUAUGUAUUCACCCCUUUGCUAUUCACCCUAAGAUAUGGUGCAACCAAUUACCUUCAGAAGUCACAUAAUUAGUUAAAUAAAGUCCACCUCUGUGCAAUCUAAGUGUCACAUGAUCUGUCACAUGAUCUCAGUAUUUAUACAGUUGAAGUCGGAAGUUUACAUACACUUAGGUUGGAGUCAUUGAAACUCGUUUUUCAAGCACUCCACAAAUGUCUUGUUAAAAACUAUAGUUUUGGCAAGUUGGUUAGGACAUCUACUUUGUGCAAAACACAAGACAUUUUUCCAACAAUUGUUUACAGGCAGAUUAUUUCACAUAUAAUUCACAGUAUCACAAUGUCAGUGGGUCAAACUAAGUUGACUGUGGCUUUUAAACAGCGUGGGAAAUUCCCGAAAAUGAUGUCAAGGCUUUAAAAGCUUUUGAUUGGCUAAUUGACAUCAUUUGAGUCAUUUUGGAGGUGUACCUGUGGAUGCAUUUCAAGGCCUACCUUCAAAAUCAGUGCCUCUUUGCUUGACAUCAUGGGAAAAUCAAAAGAAAUCAGCCAAGAACUCAGAAAAAAAUAUUGUAGGCCUCCACAAGUCUGGUUCAUCCUUGGAGGUACCACGUUCAUCUGUACAAACAAUAUUACACAAGUAUACACACCAUGGGACCACGCAGUCGUCAUACCGCUCAGGAAGGAGACGAGUUCUGUCUCCUAGAGAUGAACGUACUUUGGUGCGAAAAGUGCAAAUCAAUCCCAGAACAACAACAAAGGACCUUGUGAAGAUGCUGGAGGAAACAUGUACAAAAGUAUCUAUAUCCACAGUUAAACGAGUCCUAUAUCGACAUAACCUGCAACUGCUCCAAAACCGCAAUAAAAAAGCCAGACUACAUUUUACAACUGUAAAAUACUUAU